CUUGUCACGAAGUGCAGAGUUGAAAGAGGCUCCGAGAGGGAUUCUGCCGCACUCGCAGCAGCGGUCCGGUGUAUGCUACUGCUACGCGGACGCGACACAAGCACCGCCAUCACCGACAUAGAGAUCUCGAAGAUGCGGACGGUGAGCUCGACGAGGAAGUGGACAAAGAGGAGGUCUUCCGCCGGAAGUAUAGGGAGCGCAGACGUGGUGGAGAUGUGGUCGAGGAGGAAGAGGAGAUCCGACGGUCUUCGUCGGAGAUGGAAAGGUCUCGACUUCCGUCGCCAAAGAGAUAUCCUGCCUUCUCGGAUAGGCAUGUCUACGACGAUCACCGAAAGACUCAUCGCCCUUGGCUCUCUAAUUCAGACCUCCUUUACGAGUCUGAGACCCAUCGUCGAGGACGACUGGAUAGGAAUGAGAUACCUAUAAUUCGACCCAAGAAAAGGGGCGGUCACCCUCCACCGCAUCCGGACCCUUACCGACGUUCGAAAGACGGCCUUCCUCUCGUUGCCCCCGAAGCGAGGUUUGCUGAGCGCGAAAAAGAAGUGCUCACUGUGGCGCGCCGCGACGGCAGCCACGAGUCCCUCAAGGAAGAAGAAUUCGUUGAAGAGGACUAUUAUACGCCUCCAGGCCAUCAGCCAUUGCCGAAGAAAAAGUCGUUCAAGGAAAAGGAUCAACUUGAGGUUAUCGGGCCAGUCCCCCGAGCGAAACAUGACAGAGCCCCGCCGGACACUGAUGCGUUGCGAUACCCUGACCGGGAUCCAAAGCGUGGCUUUGGUGAGCCCCAACAGUCCGACGAGGACUCAAGCCGUCAGUUUGGUAGGAUAGGAAGACGGUUUGUCGGUGUCAAGGACCAUCGCGAGCGCCUCUGGACCGAGAUCACGAGGGACUUGGUCGUGAAGGAAGCCCUCGAACGGGCGGGCUAUGAGUAUGAGGAGACAGAAACGUCGUACUUCAUCUUUACCUACUUGGAGAAGGAGCAAGUGGAUGCUCUGAUCGAGCAUUCGGAAGACAUUCGCCGCGCACGCCGCCGUCGGGUCCAAGAGAUCCACCGCGAGCGAACCUCGUUGCCUCCUCCUACAGCUCCUGGGCCUCCGCCGCCACCGCCGCUGCCUGCAUCAGCUACGGACAAGGCCGGCCCCCUACUGCUGGACAGCCCACCCCCACGCUUUCCUCGAGAGGAACGCCGACGAACGGAGCGAGAGAUGGUUGCAGAAGGAGGACGCUGGAGGCCACCACCGCCUCGGGCGGAGCGAUGGUAAUAGCCGACUUCUUACAGAAGCAUUACAUGAGUGGAAAGGCUGCUGCACAUGUGUCCGAGACUGCAUUGACAUUUCAUGUGUGAUACCCCGAAUGAGUUUUGGAUUCCAGUUGGUGAGGUCCAUGGUGAUCGGUUGGCCUUAAAUCCCUUGGGAGCAGCCCUCCAUGGCUGGAGCUAUACACGACUUAUCAAUAACUUAUACGCUUCAAGACAUUACUUAGACGCAGCCGAAUUGGAACGGCUUACUGCAGUGUGCACUGCACCAGGUGACUUAAUGCUACUUCACAACUCCAAUCU